AUGCUUGACGUCGGAGAAAAGGGGCGUCCACCAGGGGAUCCUCCGGAUAAGUUGGAGUCGUGGGCUACGAAAGUGAAGGGUAGUGCUGGGGGAGGUAUCUUGAAACCAGAAGACGUGAUUGAUGAUGAGUUUGUGAGGGAGCGGGUGGGGCUGGAGUUUCCAGAUGGUGAGGACGAGGAGCCAGUUAUUACCAUUGGUGAGGAGGUGUUGGAAGCCAUGAAUGGGCUUUGGAAGAAGUGUAUGAUAGUGAAGGUGCUUGGGAGCCAGAUUCCGAUCUCGGUGUUGAAUCGCAAGCUAAGGGAGCUUUGGAAACCGUCGGGAGUGAUGACAGUGAUGGAUUUGCCCCGCCAGUUUUUCAUGAUUAGGUUUGAACUGGAAGAGGAGUAUAUGGCUGCUUUAACCGGAGGUCCAUGGAGAGUUCUUGGGAACUAUCUGUUGGUCCAAGACUGGUCGUCAAGGUUUGAUCCGUUGAGGGAUGAUAUUGUGACUACCCCGGUGUGGGUUAGAUUAUCGAAUAUCCCGUAUAACUACUAUCAUCGGUGUUUACUCAUGGAGAUUGCUCGUGGGUUGGGUAGACCACUCAAGGUUGAUAUGAAUACGAUUAACUUUGACAAGGGUCGUUUUGCUCGAGUGUGUAUUGAGGUUAACUUAGCAAAACCUUUAAAAGGGACUGUGCUAAUCAAUGGGGAUAGAUACUUCGUAGCAUAUGAAGGACUGUCUAAAAUCUGUUCUUCGUGUGGUAUUUACGGUCAUUUGGUUCAUUCUUGUCCAAGAAAUGUGGUGGUGAAAGUUUCGGCUGGGGCAGAGACGGUUACGGAUAGAGCUGUGGUGCCUGUUGGGAUGGAGGGAGAUGACGGGUUCACAGUGGUUCAACGCACCGCUAGACGGCCGGCGGCACCGGUGCAGAAGAUGGUGUUUGCGGUGGGUGCGUCUGGUGGUAGGUCAAAACAGAGGUUAAGGGAACUCCCUAAAAAUCAGGGGGUGGAUCUCGCAAAUCGAUUUGGUGGAUUGGAUGGUAAUGGUGAUUUGCCUGAUUUAAGGGAAGUUGCCAUUACAGAAGGGCCAAAUAAGGAAAAUGAAUAUCAUGGGAGGAAUGUGGGGAAGGUUAUGGGUGUCCCACUAGUUAAGGAAGCUCGGGGUUCUACGCAGAUGGAGAAAGGGAAAGGCGGGAGUAAAGGUGGUUUUAAAUGGAAGCGUAAUGGAGGGAUGAAGGCUUUGGAGCCCAUUGGGCCAAAACAGAAACAUGGGGCCGCAAAUAAGCCUGCUAGGGGAUUAAUAUUUGGGCCUACUAAAGAUGCAAACUCAGUACCAGUUGGGGAGGAUUUGUUAUCCAACGGGAAGCGACUGCGUGUGGAACAAAGAGAUGUUGGGAGACCAGGUGGUGUGUAUUCAAGUGCGAUGGGUUCGCAUGCCCAUGAGGCUAGUUUCGACUUGGAUUCAUCGUCGACUUUGUCUCAGCGGUUCCAGCGGGAGGAUUUGAUGUCUGAAAUAGCUGUUGUGAGUCAUGAAGGAUCGGAAGUGGGGAAUUCCAGUGAGGGAAUGGCAUGA